AUGGGGUGCUUCUUCUCCAAAAAAUCGAGGAGAAAAUCUCCUAAAAAAGACUCUGCUUUGACCGAUGGGGACGGGAGCGCUACGGGCAAUGACCUCCCAGAAACCAACAACACUGCGCUGGGCAGCGACAGCAACCAGGAGGCUCCCAAGCAAUACAGCUGGGACAAACGAGAAAAGUCUUCAACAGGCAUGAAGUUUGGCUGCUACCAGUACUACUACCCCGAGCUGGCUUUCCACUUUAAAGAUGCAGGCCUCAGCAUCUUUAACAACAACUGGAGCAAUAUUCAUGACUUCACACCUGUCUCUGGAGAGACCAAUUGGAGUCUCCUACCAGAAGAUGCUGUUGUCCUGGAGUAUAUGCCUCUACCAGAUCCUGAGUCAGAAUUCAAGUCUGUGAGAAUCUCUACUGAAGCAAGUCGGAGCAUAGUGCCCAUGACCAAAGGAGGACGCCGUACCGAGAGCGAAGAGUCUUGCCUGUUUGUCUUUUUCGCUGGAGACUACACCACUGCUAACGCACGCAAGCUUAUUGAUGAGGCGACCACCCAAGGCUUUGUCCUCAUUCAGACCAAAGAGGUUUCCAUGCGCCCUGAGGAUGUGAACCGAGUGUUCCAGAAUAACGCAGAAAGCCUCACUGAGUGGAUCACCAAAGGUUCAGUGGUAGCUCUUGAGCUGAAUGGAGAUGGUGUGGUGGAGGCGUGUAGAUCCAUUGCCAAUGAAGUGUUCAAUGGAACUAAGCUGUUUGUUUCUGAGAGCAAAAAUACAUCCUCGCGUGAUGUCGACAACUUUUUCAACUUUGCUGACAUGCAGAUGGGACUGUGAAACUGGCGCAGAGGAGCACCUCAAAUUAAUGUGGGUUUAUAUUUGUUUGGUUUUGUCAGUUUUGUCAUUUCAGUGAAUUGGAAUUACAUAUGCGAAGCCACUGAUAUCUCAACACUUUUAGGGGUUUAUAACCACUAUUUUAACAGACAGAUUUGCUCUGUGAUCUAAAAAUUUUACAUUUUCAUGCCAAUGAAACAGGCAUAUAGUCAGUGAGGGUAUUUGUUACCAAUCAUGAAGGCAAGUGCCUUUAGAUAGAGAACAAAAUCAAGAACUGGAACUUCUAAUCAAACAUUACUGUGGACAAUUUAUCACUUAUGCUGAAAAUAAUUAAUUUGAUUAUAUAGAUAUUUAUUGAAUAGUUUUUUCCCCUAAAUGUAUAGCUGGAAAUUGUGUUUUAUUCUCCUUUGCUUGUAUACAUGUUUUCAGUACGUAUUGUAUAGUCAUUUCGUUUGUGUAUAAUAGAUAGCUGUAAAAAGUAUUUGUCAAAUGCCAGAAAACAUGAAUUGUUGA